AUGGCAGAAUGCCCCAUCUGCUUGGAUCCUCUAGGUCUGCGAGACUUGGUGGGACGAAUCCAUGGUUGCCUCCAUCACUAUCAUAAGCAAUGCAUCACGCAGUGGUCUUCCCAUUCCAACUCAUGUCCUACAUGUCGAAAACUCUACUACGGAAUCGAUAUCGUGGCUAAUGAUAUCCAACACCAGGUGUUGGAAACCAUCAAUGUCAAAGACAAACUCAUCGAGAACGACGCCAUCAACCAAAUCCCUCCAGAAUUCAUCAUCCCGCCGCCAGCAUACGCAGAUACAUACACGAAUAUGCGUUCCGAAGAACCCGAGCUGAACUCGGGCGUGUGCACCAUAUGUUCCAGUGCUCAGUACUCUAGACUGGCCAGAUCACUACUACCAUGUAUUAAUUGUGGAGCCAAGUUCCACCGACUGUGCUUGGGACAUCGGGACGAAACGUUCUGGUUCUGUCCCGUAUGCGACUGUCGCCAGGAAAUUGCCCCUCUUCGCCAGGAAAGGCGGGCCAGACGUACUUUGGCAGAACCUUCAAGAGGUCUCGUGAUCUUCAAUGAUAAUAACGAGAUCGAGGAGUUUGACGACGCUGAAGAGGUGAUUAGGUCGACGUCAGUUUUGAACGGUGGCAUUCUUCUUCGACGGGAGGCUCGUGCCAUCCAGAAUCUUUCUCCGGAAGAAGCUAGAUCAUGGGAGUUGUUUGAGCUGGCUCGCAAUGGUCUGGCGACAUUUGAGCCUGCUGUAGCGACACCUACUAGUGAGGCCAGAAAGAGAAGAAGAAGACGUGCUCCUGAAAGUAGCUCUCAGGACACACAGAAAGAGGAAAACCAUGUGAAGAACGACGAGAGUACCCUCGAUGUAAAAAGAGAAGCAUUCCCUACCCCUAACAGAAACAUGGAGGGAAACGAACAGCGUCCUUCGAGAAUCGCUUCCCUAAUGAGUCAAAUCAACCGCCGCAACAGAGCACAUACAGCGGUCUCCCAUGAGCACUCUCCUCUCAGCUCCGAAUGCCUGAAUCUAGCAGACAGCGAUUCGGGAAGUGAGUUGGAUGCCAAACGGCCGUGCAAUUAUGUCACUGAACUCACGUUGGACCAAAAGCGAAGGGUACAGAAGUAUGUCCGUAACCAUCUACGGCCAUUAUACAACCCUCACCCUUCUGAUCUAGGCACUAAUGAAUCUCCAGGAAGUGGCCACAUUCGCUCCGAAGAGGAAUACAUUGACGUCAACAAACGCAUCUCUCGUCAAGUUUAUGCGUCAAUCUUGUCGCUGUGUGCGAGAAAUGGGCCGCUGGCGUUGGAUGGCUACUUCUCUGAUGAUGAAUCGAGGCUAAAGGCUUUGGUUGACGGUCAUGUUGAGGGCUGGAACCUCGCAAAGACCAACACUACUACAUAG